ACACUGACCUACUUUGACAGCAGAAGAACAAGAGGGUUGGAUGGAGACUUAGUCAGAGUCAGCCGCCGAGGAUUAGAAAGCACUGCUGUUGAGGUUUUGCACUAUAGGAUGUUAUUGAUCAUCUGUGUGUCACUGCUGGCGGCCUCCACUCUGGGCCAACUGGAUAGAGCCUCAAUGGAUGCCCAGUGGGACCAGUGGAAGAUCACAUACAACAAAACCUACAGUGAACCGAAAGAAGAACAGGUUCGCAAGGCCAUCUGGGAGAAGCACCUGAAAAUGAUCAUUCACCACAACAAGCGGGCAGCGCGGGGCAUGCACAGCUAUGAGAUGGCCAUGAACCAGUUGGGAGACAUGACACCAGAGGAGGUGGCUAAGACGAUGACUGGCCUGCAGGCCCCCCAGAUCCACUGGCGCAGCUUCACGGCAGCUCUGAACUACAGUGAGACCAACCUCCCCAAAUGUAUCGACUACCGCAAAAAGGGCAUGGUGACAUCAGUGAAGAACCAGGGUUCCUGUGGUUCCUGUUGGGCCUUCAGUUCAGCCGGGGCGCUCGAGGGCCAGCUGGCCAAGAAGACAGGUAAGCUAGUGGACCUCAGUCCUCAGAACCUGGUGGACUGCGUCAAAGAGAAUUAUGGCUGCGGAGGAGGAUACAUGACCACCGCUUUCAAUUAUGUGAAGGAAAAUGGAGGCAUCGACUCUGAGAAGGCCUACCCAUAUGUCGGAACGGUAAAGCCAUUAACUGUUCUUAGACUUUCCCUUAAGUGGGCCAAAAUGGGGGAUGGGUGGGGCAAAGGGCAGAAACAGAUCAGUUACAAGUGAGACAAUUUGUAUUUUAAAUAGUGUUUAUUGUUGACCAGUAGCCUAUAAUGU